GUGAUUUCAUUCCCAAAGGGGGCAAAAAUCAGUAUAUAUGUGGGUGUUCAUACGAGCGUUAUAAAAUGAAAAUCACAGUGGAACAAUAAAGGAAGAUCCUUAAUAGUAAUAGCCUCUUUCCUGGUUGGAAAGACCAAAGACAGCCAAGCUGACAUUGGGCACACUAGGGCUGGAGCGCGAGGUGGGGACUCGUGGUCCGACUGCGCAGGUGGGUUCCUGCCCGGGGGCGGGGCCUCGGGAGCGCUGGGCCUCGAGAGCCGGCUGCUGGGGACCCAAGUCUUGGAGUCCGGAGGCCGAGGAGACAUGGCCCCCACCGGCGACGAUGAGAUCCGGAAGGACGUGCAGAACUACUACGGGCAGGUGCUGAAGAAAUCAGCAGACCUCCAGACCAAUGCGUGUGUCACUGCAGCCAGGCCAGUCCCCAAGCACAUCCGGGAAGCCCUGCAGAAUGUAAAUGAGGAAGUAUCCUUGAGAUAUUAUGGCUGUGGUCUGGUCAUCCCUGAGUGUCUGGAAAACUGCUGGAUUUUGGACCUGGGGAGUGGAAGUGGCCGAGACUGCUAUGCACUUAGUCAGCUGGUUGGUGAGAAGGGACAUGUCACCGGAAUAGACAUGACAGAAGGUCAGGUAGAAGUGGCUAACAAGUACAUUGAAUAUCACAUGGAAAAAUAUGGCUUCCAGUCACCCAAUGUGACUUUUAUUCAUGGCUACAUAGAGAAGUUAGGAGAGGCUGGAAUCAAGAAUGAGAGUUAUGAUAUUGUUAUAUCCAAUUGUGUCAUUAACCUUGUACCUGAUAAACAGCAAGUGCUGCAGGAGGUAUAUCGAGUGUUAAAGCACGGUGGGGAGCUAUAUUUCAGUGACGUCUAUGCUAGCCUUGAAUUGCCAGAAGAAGUCAGGACACACAAAGUUUUAAGGGGUGAGUGCCUGGGUGGUGCUUUGUACUGGAAGGACCUUGCUAUCCUUGCCCAAAAAAUUGGGUUCUGCCCUCCACGUUUGGUCACUGCCAAUUUCAUUACAGUUCAAAACAAGGAACUAGAAAACAUGAUUGGUGACUGCCGUUUUGUUUCUGCAACAUUUCGCCUUUUCAAACUCCCUAAGACAGGACCAACCAAAAGAUGCCAAGUUAUUUACAAUGGAGGAAUCACAGGACACGAAAAAGAACUAACAUUUGAUGCAAAUUUCACAUUUAAGAAAGAUGAAACUGUUGAAGUGGACGAAGAAACAGCAGCUAUCCUGAAGAAUUCACGAUUUGCCCAAGAUUUUCUGAUCAGGCCAAAUGGAGAGAAGUUGCCAACAUGUGGAGGCUAUACUGCUUUUGAAGCAAAGGAUAUAAUCACAGAUCCAUUCAAGCUUGCAGAAGGGUCUGACAAUGCUAAGUCCAGAAGUCCCCCUGAAGCUGCCAGCGGCUGCCGAGGCACAGAGAAGUGCUGCUAAAACAACAGCUGACCAGGAGACAGUGGGCAGGAGGUGAAAGAAUGAGUUACACAUGUCUUAACCUGCUCUUCCCCACAGCCCAUAUCACAAGAAAGAAUAAAAGGCAAAACUCCACCGUAUUUUAGAUAAAAAUUAAUGAAUUAUUUUUACAAAGUAUUAAUUAAAGGUUCACAGCAAGAUCAUCUAAAGACUAGUUAAGCCGUUUUUCUCUUAACCGAGUCUGGUGCCACCUAGUGUCCAGAAAUGGAACUGAGAAGCAGUGUGAAAGCUUGGCUGAUGGGCAAGAAAGGCUUCAGAAAUAACAGUUGGCCAAGGGCCUCAGGGAAAACAUCUUCCUUCUGACCUGCGUAGCACCUUUUGGACUUUUCACCAUGUUUGCUCAUUAAACAGAGCUCCUACUGAACUCAUGCUAAUCAUGCCAAAAGAUUGCCAAAUCAAAUUUGGUAGGAGUGCCCUUGAGGUAAUUGGUCUUUUAAAUCAAACAGUUUUUUUUUUCUUCUUUUUAAUGUGCAGUUGAAUGAAGAAAACAAACAGGUAAUCAUUUUUUGACCUCAGUUUACCCUAAUGUGUGACAAAAUAAUGACCAUCUGCAGUAAAUCUUAACCGGAUCAGGAAAAGAGUUUGAUAAUUUUU